AUGCAAAUGCGUAAAAUAACAUCGGCGUUUACAUCCAACACGUAUAAGCCAGAAAAUGGUGGUACCAUCGAGGCGGCACUGUCCCAACAUUUCGCGUAUCUGCACGGCGUUCUCCAAAACAUGGAAGCAAAAUUGAUAAACCAGCUGCAUGAGCAGGGUAAUUACCUCAAGAUUAAUUUAGAGGACAUCGAACUACAACUUCGAUCGCAGGAGGAAAAAUUGAAGUUAACAUUGCAGAUAGCCUCUCAUGCGAAACAGACUUUCCAUAAAAUGGACAUACAAAACGCAAUAAACAUUCUAACGGAAAUGGCAGAUCUUCCUUGUCAUCUGAUGUACAAAGACUCAGGCCAGAACAACAAAGCAACAUUUACCAUCGAUGACUCAAUCGUCGAAGCUAUAGAAAAUCACUGUACAAUUACAGUGCCACCGGUGUCGUCCUACAGUCUUGUGCGAAAAGACGAGCUGCCGACGAAUUACAUAAUGUCGCCUUUACCGAAGAAACCAUGUACAAAAAUUCUUGAUAGUCCGCAAGCAAAGCUAAAACAAGCGAUAAUGCGACCAGUAAUACAAUCGGAAAUUCAAGAAAACCUUGAUGAAUCACUAACGUUGUCCAUCGAGAUGGAAGAUAAAGAAGAAGAAAAUAUUACCGAGUGCAAGGUGGAGGUGACAUACGUUGUUAAUCCAUCGUUAUUCUUUGUACGAAAAGUGGCCAUGAAAGCAAAAUUCCUACAGUUAGAGAAAGAUCUAAUGACAUAUGGAAACGAUGAGGAGAGCUUAAAGAAAUCGAUCGACAUCAAGCAAGAUGACAUGUGCGUCGUCAAACAAUGGAAAGUCAACGAAUGGUAUCGUGGACACGUGAACACAGUGAUGAUAAAUAGCGACGGCGGAAUAUCGUACAACGUGGUUUACAUAGAUUACGGAUACGAGGAAUGCAACAUAGCGGCUUCGAGAGUGCGAAAAAUAGUUGAGCAUUUGCAAAUACUGCCGCCACAAGCGAUUCGAUGCUGCUUACAUGGCUUGAAGCCUAAGACUCUUCAUUGGACGAACGCGAGCACGAACGACUUUAUGAAACUGACAAGCGGAGUCGAUUGCAUGAUGUCCAUUAUCAAAUCUACUCCUGAUAUUUUACAUGUCGAUCUUCGUGUUAAUCCAAAGAACAGUAACAUGGGUCCACAGUCGAUGUGUAGUACUAUGAAAAUUAUGGAUUAUGCACGUUUGGACACUCGGCAAAGUCCGACGUAUACACUGAAUACUAACGUUUAUAAUAGAGAAGAACUUCCGUUAAAUAAGUCAACAGUAGUUAUUAUUGGUUGGCUUGAGUCACCGAGCAAGAUUUAUGUCUCCAAGGCUACGCGACAAAGUAAGUUUUUGAAAUUAAAGGAUGAAUUAAACGAAUAUUACGCAAAAGAGACUUCAGUAAAAAUUAUUGAAACACCACAGAAAGGUGUACCAUGCGCUAUACAAUUAGAAGACGAUACCUGGCAACGCGGUGAAAUUAUCGAAAUAAUUAGUGAAAAUCAAGUCAAAGUAUUUUGUGUGGAUUGGGGGUGUACUUUGAUUCAAGACCGCGACGCAUUACGAAUGAUUCCAUAUGAAUAUACCAUGUUUAAGGCCCAAGCCAUAAAGAUAUCGUUAAUGUAUAUAAUGCCUGAAUCCAAUGGAACAUGGAAACAGGAAGCUGUAACAACUUUGCUGAAUCUCUUCAGUAACACAAAAUCUAUCAUGGUGAAUCCUCGAAAAAAAAUGGAUGACGGAUACAGUGGAUUAAUAUAUAGCAAUAACAUCGAUGUCAGCCGGCAGUUAAAAAUCACAGGCGUUGUUAACGAUUACAUCAUGAGCAACAAAUUUAAGAACAAAUCGCAAAAGAAACCACAAUCGGCUGUUAAAAAUAAUGUUUCUCUACUGGAGAAAUCUGAUAAUACUGUUAAAGACUUCUAUAUUUCGUACGACAAUACGGAGAAUGAUAAAUCCAUGAAAGAAGAAACGCCUAAAGAUCCAUUCAAGGUGGAAGUGCGUAUUCAACGAGUGAUCACACCAGACUGCAUCUACGUUGCACAGAUGGAACAUGAACAAGAGAACGAGAAACUGAUGUUGGAGAUGCAAAAAUUCUACGAUAAAUAUCAUUCCGAAUCACGCAAUAGUUGGAGCGAAGGUGCAUUGUGUACUGUGUAUUCCGCAAAGGACAAAUCCUACUUCCGUGCAAAAAUAUUGAAAAUAAAGUCCUCGACAGAGGUGCUGGUCUAUUUCUAUGACAUGGGCAUCGAGGAGACUGUGACGAUGAAGGACAUACAAGUUCUUCAUUCAAAAUUCGCGGAGGAAAUGACGUACUGUUUUAAAGUAAAACUAGUCGGUAUUUUGCCGUGUGGCGGAUCAUCUACGUGGCCGUCGUUAUCUUGCACAACACUGUCCGAGAUUAUACAAAAUAAUGCGUAUUGCAAGUUUUAUAUCACUAAGCCGGUUCAGGAAGAAUUUUCUGAUGACGUAAUACCUGUCGAGCUUUGGGUAAGACAAUCCAAAAUACCAGGACCGUUAGCACCAACUAAAAUAGAAAUAAAUUCUAUCAACCGAAUGUUGGUGGAGAAGGGUGUCGCUUUACCCAUUAAGGACUAUUUUGCAAAGGCAGACUCAAUUCUCGCAGAAGAAUUUAAACAGCAGUUGGAGACUAGUCAUUGGGGUAUGCCGAACGAUGAAAAUGUCGAAUGGUUGGACAAAGAUCUGACUAAACAUGAAUUGGAUGUUACCAUGACAUCAUCUCCUAAACACAAGGUUUACGAUUCGACAAAUCGUGAGAGUUCGGUAAAGUUCUCAAACUGGUUACCACCGAUCGAAAUAACAGAAGAAGUAUUUCACGCUAUAGCGACAUAUGUGGAUAAUCAAUGCAUGGUGUACUUGCAUCCUAAGAAAUACAAGAAAAAAUGGAAGGAAGGAGAAAUAUGUAUUGCCCAAUAUCAUCAUAAUCAAAAGUGGUACAGAGGUAGAAUUGUCAACAAUUUAGGAAAUGUAGUGCAGGUGGAAUUUGUCGAUUAUGGCAAUGUGGAAGACUGUGAAAUAGAACAUGUAACAGAUGACGUUAGACUGGGGCAUAUUCCUAUUCAGUGCACAAAAUGCGUCAUCAGCGGACUAAGACCGGCAUCUCCGAAUGGUAAAUGGAUGUUGCACGAUUUAGACCGCAUACAUGCGCUUCUUGUUGAUCAGGAAUGUAAAGUGUCCAUUUUACAGCGCCAAUCCACAAAUUUAAUUGUAUCCAUCACAUUAUUGCGACCGUGGAAAUGCGAUCUUCUCAUAUACCUUUCAAAUCACAUGGAUAUGAGUAUUAAGAUCGAACGUAAGUCAUGGAAUGAUUCGGACAAUUCCGAAAAUGAAGAUUUCAAUUCGACGAAGACCUUGAAUAGCACUAGGGAUGUUGUCAUUGAAGAGACAAUAAGCGAUUACGAAAAGUUAUGUAUAACUGAUAUUUCCAAGAAAUCUUCGGAUAUAUACGCAGAGGAUAUUACAUUAAAUGAGAAUGUAAUUAGCGGUAAUUUAGUAGAGACUACAAAGACAGAAUUACUUGAUAAAUUAGAGAAUAAGCGCAUAAUUUCCGAUACCGAAAGUAUAUCUUCGAUAGACACGAAUAUUUUAAACGCACAUAUAAUCUGUUCAACGCCGCAACCAUCAGAGGAAGAAGAUUAUAUGAUCUCAUACAAACGGUUGAUCAUUCCGCAGGAUACAAAGUACAUUGAAUUAAUAUUAUGUUGUAACAGAGAUCCCAUCACUUCAUUAGCACAACUGGCAGAAAAUAACGACGAUAUAUUCUCUGAUGAGCUUCACGAGUAUUACUUACAAUACGAAACCUUAAUGUCAGAAAUACAAACUAAUCAUCAACCAUUAAUCGAAUCCUUCGCAAAGAAUAUUCCGUGCAUCGCGAAAUUUACUGAUAAUAUAUGGUAUAGAUGCAUCAUUACAAAUAGUGAAAAAAUUCUAAACACUCAGUACAUGAAAAUUUCAUUAUAUUACGUCGAUUUUGGUAAUCAUGAGUACAUACAGUUACAUAUAACGGACAUACAUUCCAAAAACUAUGAUUUACGUGUACCGAAAGAGGAAUGGUUGGAAUUACCCGCCAUGGCCAUCAAAUGCACAUUUUGGGGGCUAAACUUCAUCUCUAACGAUAUUGAAUUACUAGCAUCGAAAUUAGAUGAAAUAUACAAUCAAGCAGUUGUGGCUCGAGUUAAGAAAAUUAUUGAGGGUAAUCAUGUGGUCGUCGAAAUAUACAAGGAUAAAAUGUGUACGGAACUGUUUUACGCUGAUUUAAUAAAAGAAGGUUUAUAUAAAUUUAAUCUCACGGAAAACUGA